AUGCCGUUCAGCGCUUCGUCGAGCGGCGAGACGGACACGGACUCAGCACCAGAUCUCGAGACCAGCGAUACGUCGUCGGUCAUGUCGAGCAGCGCCGAUGACUACGCCAGUGACACGGACACGUACAGCACUGACGCGAGCUUGAGCGAGACCACGGGCACGAGCACGAGCAGGAGCACGAGCGAUGACGGGUCGGGCAGCAGCAGCCAUGCUUCGUCGAGAACGACGAGCGAAGAGAGCUUCGGCUCGAGUGAUGAUGACUCUUCCGCCAGCUCGGUCGUUGCCCCGAACGUCCUCCUCGAGGACACGAAACAUGUUUCGUACGAUCGGAGCUCCUUCGAGGACGACGAUGGUGUGUCACCGAAGCAAGUGGCCCACGACCGAGUACGAGCGAUCAGGAGAAGCUUCAUCGUCACAAACUGGAGGUGGCCGAGGCAGAGACUGAGCUCGAGUGAUGCUCACAUGAGCCCGCUGUCGAGCCAGACCGUCCUACCUCAGACGAGGACGGGCAGGAGAGGCUCGAUCUCGCUCUACUACGAGUCCAUCAAAGUCAAGUACCUCGUCAAGGAUGAGAGCAGCAAGUGGCAUUUUGUGCUCCUCAUCUCCCCCAAAGCGGCGUCAGCGUCGCCCAAGUUUGCCAAAGAGCUUGCGCAAACUCAAGAUGGCUUAGUCAGCGCGAUCCCCGAGGAAGGCCUCGCAGCAGACGAGCCGCCUCGUCUCGAGCUGAGUCCAGGUGUCCUCACCUCGCUCUCACUUCUGUCGGAUGGUCUGCUGCCCGGCCAAGAAGCGGUGACAAGGCGAAAAUCGCGUUGGUCGAUCUUGGACGAAAUGUCCUUCCGACGGGCGAGCGCGGUCUCAACUGUACCUCUCCCGGCGAGUCAUUCCGCGAGCUCGUCGAUCUACGCGCCCUCGACGAAUUUGGCCCAACUAUCAGGCAGCCAUCUAUCGACGAUCACGUCGGAUUCUCUCGACAGCGGUCAACUAAGUUCACUGCCUAGCGCAAGCUCUGCCGGCAGCAAUCAGAGCUCACUUCCUGUCGAGUUUCUCAUCUGGCGAAAGUGGGAAGAACUCCAGUUGAUGUCUGCAAAUUUGAUCGCGGCUGCUGCAGGAGAAGGCAAGAAGAUCACGCAGGGUCUGCCCGCACUCAAGAAAAAGAUGUCUGUUUUCAUGAGUCACUCGACGAUGGUCCAGCGUCGAGCAGAAGUCAACACCUAUCUCGAGGAUGUCUUGAGGUCCCCGUUCGCGGAUCAUCCGAUCCUGCACGAGUUUCUCACCAUGAGACCAGACGGACAUGACACUGUCGCCACAGAAGAGGCCAUCUCACGCCUCGUCCGGCGCGCCGCGCUGUGCGCUCAAUCAGAUGCCAAGCUGCGCGCGCCGCUGGCAGGCACGGGCGGUCAAUCUGCUGACGAUGCACCCAUCGUCAAACGAGUCAGUUCAACUUCGAGCCACGAGCAUGCCCGUCAGACGUCCUUCUCGUCCAGUGGAACGAAUAGUAUCACAGCCAGCGUCAUCUCUGGUACCAGCUGGACUUCUCAACCGAAUCAGCCGCUAUCAAUCGGCACUACACCUGCUACGCUCGCAGGCUCUGUGCGCUCUGGCAACAGCAGCGUGGCAAGUUCUCCUCGAGCUAUCCUACGCCCGAUCGAAACUGCCACAGUGCGCACGCUUCCGCCCCUUCCGAACGACAUCGAAGUCGACCAAGACGAUUGGUCGAGACACUCGCGAAAGACGACCAUCUCGUCCUUUUCAUCGGACGAAGGUUCAUCAGGCUCGCCCAGCAGCCCUGUACCUUCCCUAGCAUCUCAUGACAGACACACUCAUCAAGCUCUCUUCGAGGCUGCUCUGGCUACAGCAAGCGUCGAGCAGCACACGCCGUGCCCGAGCGGGCCGCCGACCCCAAGGCGAGACCGUGCCGAGUCGGAAAGAAGUAGACAGUCGCCACACGCAAUGGCCGCGCCAGAACCAGAGAAGAAGAUGGGUCUGAGAUCAGUAAGAAGCUUCGGCGACGUCAGGAGAGCGUGGCGCAAUAGUCCGCCACCAGCCUUGCCGCCCAACGCGAUUGCAGUCUCGCUGCCGCCCUCGAAAAGCUCUUCCCCACGAGGCUUACCGCGGGCACCUUUGCCCUCUCCCAAGGCUCCACCACCCGUCUCCCGUCGGCCUCUACGCACGUCUCUCGGAAGCAUCAGUCCAGAGCCUCGCGGAAGCUCUGAUCGUCGCUCUUCAUUCCAAUCGUCCAGGCCAUCGUCCGAACUACCGAGCGGACGAGCUAGGUCCUACUCGAGCGUGCCGCUGCGGCGUGAAGCCUUUAUCCUGCCACCUCCGGAAGAGGUCAGCAAGCUGCUGGCAUCGCCGGACGAGGCUCGCUGCAAAAGUCAAUUCCCACCUCCUUCAACGGCAUCAGAUGUGUCAACGACUUCACCCGUGUCUUCUGCCCGUCUGAGCCAACGCUUCAGCUCUUCCUCGAGCGCUGUCAAUACGCCUCGAUCGUCCACCCAGAGCAGUCCCAGUAUCGCAAGCAGUAGUCGCCCGUUUGCGAGGCAGAGCCUCGACAUAGGCAGUCCGGCUGCAGCUUGUUCGACUACCUCAUUCAUCCCGCCGAGCACGCCCUCGACGUCCUACUUUGACCAGAUGGGAAGCAAGUACUAUGUCGAUCACGCAGGUGCGCUGGUCGCCAACAACACCGUUCCGGUCCAUUGCUUUCCUACACCGCCGAUCAGUAGCAUAUUGACGCCAGCGCCGCUCAGCAAGGGCACGAGAUCUCGUGCUGGUUCAGCCGCCCGACCGAGCCUCGAUACCAUCACUGCCUCUCCGCCUGUGACGCAGGUCUCUCAUACAAUGUCAACGCUAAGCGCAGAAGACUUUGCAGCGGCCAUCGCUCACCGACAAAUGGUUUCUUCGAGCAGCUUGAGUUGCAAUCUGCCCUUAUCGAUCGAUGAGCAAGCAGCUCCGGUCGAGUAUCUGACGAUGAAGAUUUUACAAGAUGCUGGCAACAUCGUCAUGCGUGUGCCGCGAACUUGCAGGCUCAGAGAUGUCAAGGCGCGAGCAGAACUCAAGUUUGCCGACGCGGGCAUCCAGCUCUCGUCAGCCCAAGUGGGCAAGACGACUUCAUCCGGGUGGUCUCUUGCUGUCUCGCAUGCUUCUCGCGGGCCGGUCAAAGGAUCGGCGGCCAUACGGACCGAGGCAGACUGGCAGCGAACCAAGCUUGAUCUCGGCUCAAAGGCUACCUUUCGCAUCCUGCCAUGCUAG